UCAGUCACUGAAACUCAGUGAAUUAUGAAAUGUGAAGCGCUUUCUAUAGAAUGAUGUUUUUUUCAUCUAGUCUCGAGCAUGGGACAAAGAAAAAAUUCUGAGUCUCCAUGAGGAAUGGAACGUAGCUCAGACCUUCGCAUUCCGAUACUUUACCACUGAACCACAGAGACUCUAUGCUGAAGAAGGCCCAUUACGAAUUUCAUAUAUGACAUGCAUCCAAUGUCGAGAGGGUCAAGAAUUACACUGAUGGCCCACUCAACCAUUGCCCUUUUGGUAACUCUUUCUAUAUCUGUGGCUCUGUCAGAACUUUUGAUCAAAGAUAAUGUCUGGCACUCAUGGAAAGAAUUUCACAGCAAGAAAUAUGCUUCAGAUGAUGAAGAAAGCUUGCGCUAUACCAUCUGGAACGAAAAUAUGAAGACUAUCACGAAACAUAAUGCGGACCCAAACAGCAAAUUCACCCUUCAAAUGAACCAUUUAGGAGACAUGACAACCAAAGAAGUUCAUUUGAUUAUGAAUGGCUACAACAAAGCUCUCAAGGACACAAGGAGCAAAGAAGGUCCAUCUACAUUUCUGCCACCAAGUAAUACUAAGCUUCCAGACAAUGUUGAUUGGAGAAAGAAGGAUGAGAAGUGCAAAUACAAUGCAUCAUCAGUUGGUGUCGAUGACACUGGUUUUGUUGAUGUUAAACAUGGAAAUGAGGAUGCCUUGAAGUCUGCUGUUGCCACAGUCGGACCAGUCUCUGUAGCAAUUGAUGCUGCACAUACGUCCUUCAAACACUACAAGGACGGCGUUUAUGACGAGCCUGACUGCAGUAGUGUUAACCUGGAUCAUGCUGUGCUGGUUGUAGGGUAUGGAACAACUGCAGAUGAGAAAGACUACUGGCUUGUCAAGAACAGCUGGGGAAAUGGCUGGGGCAUGGAUGGUUACAUUAUGAUGUCAAGGAACAAAGACAACCAAUGUGGAAUUGCCACAAAUGCUAGCUACCCGCUGGUUUAAUAACCAGCUAGACUCCAUGGACUGGUCUUGAAUAAGGAAACAACUUAAAACGGUUUUAUGCAUUCAGAAGCUUCGUCAAGUUGUUCAAUUUAUAGUUUACUGUAUCAUGUAGAUGUAAUUUUCUUAAUAACUAGCUGUAAAAUGAUUCAGGUUUUAAAAUUCUUUUAUCCAGUUAUUACAUUCAAUUGACUCGUCAGAGUCAAUUGAUAGUUAAAUACUACUUUUUGUAUUUUUUAGUUGAAUAGUUGUCAGCUAAA